UUGACACUGAACUGGACCGCAAACAUCUGCAAACAUGGUUGAUGCUUUCUGCGCUACGUGGAAACUGGUCGACAGCCAGAACUUUGAUGACUACAUGAAGGCACUUGGUGUUGGUUUUGCCACAAGACAAGUGGGAAAUGUGACCAAACCAACCGUAGUGAUCAGCCAAGAUGGGGACAAAGUAGUGGUGAAAACCCUGAGCACCUUCAGAAACACUGAGGUCUCCUCCAAACUGGGAGAGGAGUUUGAUGAGACCACACCCGAUGACCGACAUGUCAAAUCUACCUUCACCAUGGAGGGAGACAAAUUUGUGCAGGUGCAGAGGUGGGAUGGGAAAGAGACCAAAUUUGUCAGAGAAAUCAAGGACGGGAAGAUGGUGAUGACUUUGACCUUUGAGGGAGUCCAGGCAGUCCGUACAUAUGAGAAAGCCUAAACUUUACCAUCCACUUGAAAGAGCAAAUCAUCUCAGCACUGCGAACGAUCAACAAGGUGUUCUCCUGUGUUUUUUAAUAAAGAAAAAUGUUGUUUCUAUUGCAUGCAGUGAUUUGCAUUCCAUUUGUUCUUUUAACAUGAGAUAAAUAUUUUGGGAAA